UUUAAAAUAUAGCAUGCCCUAGCGGCUAGCACACCGAUAAAAUAAUAUACUAAAUUACUAGCUCUUGUACAUAGGUACUAUGAUUAAAGACAUAUCUUUAAUGUGGUAUACACUAUUCAUUUUUACCAGCAGAUAAGUGUGAUGCUUGAUAAUUAUUGCUUGUGUAAAAGAGCAUUAUGUAAACGACCCUACACAUGCGUGGAGGUAGAUGCACGUGUGGAGUAUUCGACCACCGCGUAUCGCCGCAUCGCUGAACGAGCGUUAGCGGUACCUACAUCCCACCUAUGCACGCACACGCGCGUCCUCACCAACAUAUUUUUUAUACGCUCACUGCUCAGUUUUGUAACGGACCGUAGUCGCCAGCCGGCGUAGUCUGUACUGUCUGUAGGUUACCAUAUUGUUAUGGCGGUCGAUCCGUCAAACACGUUUUUCUUGUUACUUGUUCGUUUGUUUAGUACUUUAUGAAUUAAAGUUUCAACGGAAUUUUUUUCUUUCAAAUCCUAUAGAUUGAAAGAGUCGUUGUUUCUAUUAUUAAAGUAUUGUUAUUUCUGGUUUUUCGGUAUAAACGUAACGCACUUACAAAUAAGAAAUGGAGACACCGAAAAAGUCGCAGCCGUCGCUCGACGUAGACGAAAAAAAUGAGGCUACAACUUCUAGCCCACAGAGAGCCUUACCCAGUCCAAGGACACCAGUCCGAUCAACAUUUUACAGUGAUGACGAUGAAUCAGAUGAAAUGGAAAGCCCUAAAUUUCCACAUCUUAUCCCAAUUUAUAGGAGGACUCCUGAUGAAUAUGAUUUGGGAGGUGUGCGCAUUGGUUGGGACGACGGAUUUGGCAGUCCUUGUUUUCAAGACUACGAUUAUGUUAAUGAAAGGAGGUCAAGAAGGAGGAAAAAAAGUCGAUUAUUCUCUGAACGCCAUCAUCGGUCUUUCUUUAGAACAAAUAACUUUAAUUCAACCGCUGAUUCACCUUCUCCAAGGAGUUGCGCAAGUCCAAAUAAUACUGCUCUUCACGAAGAGUUGAAUAAUUAUCUUGAGUGUAUAUUGAAUUGUCUUAGUGCCAAAAAGAAAAAUCGACAGUUAAUGAAAGCUAAAAUGGAAGCUAGUUCUUCUGCAAAUAGUUCAACAGAAAAUAAUAAUAUUGGUUGUUUAUUAGAUGACUCUGCUGAUGACGAAAUGAUGAUGUUGUGUAGUCAAGCUUUUGAACAAAAAAUAGCAGCUGAUGCUAGUAUUAGUAAUAGUACUAUAAAUAAACCUACUAAAUUAAUUGCAACAAAUUCUUUGUCAAUUAAUGGUAUAAGUCCAUUGAAAGAUUCCAACAACUCAACAAAUAAUAAUGUAUAUUACCAUGCUUCCAAAAAGUUCAAACCAGUACAGAGCAAACUAUUUGGCGAAGAACAGGAAGACAAAUAUAAAUCACGUAAAUCACCGUGUCACACAAUAACUUCAAGUACAGCAAGUAAAUCAGAAAAUAAUUGUUCAUCUUUGGCUUCUACAUCUGUUACGAAUUGUAAGAAAGAUGAUUCCUCAUCAUCACUCUUAGAUAAUUUUGCCAAUGACGAUGAAUUUUUUAUGGGUAUUGAUUUUUUGGAAAUCGAGCAACAAAUUAUGGCUGAUACUAAAAAAGAAACUACUAUACCAGCAACUCAGAAUUGUUAUAAGCAGCCAAACAAAAAUGUUGAUAAACAAUUGGAAAAUAAACCAGCUAUAAACAAUCGUGCUUCUACCAGUUAUUUAAGUUCCAGCUCUGUACUUUGGCGUAGAUCUACUUCAACAUCAUCAAUUGUUAACAAGCAACAAAAUUGUAUACAACAACCUAGACAAUUCAGCGGUGUUAUUGGAACAACAAAUAAUUCUAGUGAUAGUAGUGGUAAUGUCAAAGCUACAACUACUACCAGAUAUUGCACACCGGCUGAAAUAGAAGCAAAACGAGAACGCGCUCGACGCACACUUUUACUCAAGUUCAAAUCAAAAAAUAGAAGUGUUUCAUAAAUUACUAUUACUAUUAGAAAAUGUACAGUACUUCUUAUUGAGUUUAUAAUAUCUUUUGAUCUAUGCAUUAAUUUAGAAUUGAAUAUUAAUAUUUUUUUUCUUGUUUGUAUAUCAGAUUCAAUAUUAUUUUUAUAUUAAUAUCUG